GUCGUUAUUGUUAUUUCCACUAAAUGGUGAUACGGUGAAAUAAUUCACACUUCAGUUUUACUUUUAUCGCUCGCUUUAAGUUUUGGAGUGGCUUGAGUUGAAUAAGUGUAAUUUAUUUUGAUUUUGUUCGAGGAUUGCUUGAAUAACUGCAGGACAUUAAUAAUGUGCUACUUCACUAUAAUUCUCAUAAUAUUUGAGCUUCAUCAUUCGUAAGCCCGGAGCUGACAAAUUCAAAAUGUACUUAAGAGUUGUGAAAUGGUUGUUACUUCUGUCUUUUGGAAUUUCAGUGUCAAGCAUGUCGGAAGUGUGGGUGGAGUUCCGAGCGCCGCGGUUCGUUGUGCACGGCCACAGCGCCACGCUACGGUGCAACCAUAACGUCGACCCGGAAACUUUAUAUAAGGUGGUUUUCUUCAAGAACAGCCAACGCAUUAUGCAGUACGUGCGAGGAAGAGACCCACCUUACGAGUUUUAUAAUAUCACUGGAGCAGAUAUUAAUCUGAUAAAAGUGUCGCCAACCUCAAUAACUUUGGACAGAAUGGAUUUCAGUGCCGCUGGAACGUACGCUUGCGAAAUUGCCUUGGAGAUACCUUUGUAUUCAAAGGCCUCUAAAAUACACGAAAUCAAUGUUAUAGUGCGUCAAAAACACCGUCCAAAAAUUAAAAUAAAGCAGGAGAAGCUAUCGCCGAGUGGAGACUUGGAAGCCACGUGUCACAGUGGCCCAGCUUACCCCGCGCCGCAUCUCACUUGGCUGAUCAAUAACGUUAAGGUGGAUGAAAGGUUGACGAUACCUCACGGCACCAUGAACGUCCACAGACAUCACCAUGGCAUGCCGCUAGCAAUCACCAACUCUUCAUUAAAGUUCCCCUUAUCCGGCCUUCAGAUUUAUCCAAACCAUACAGUUGACAUCACCUGUCUCAGCACAAUACCGAGUUACCCAACAGUUGGAGAAGGCUAUGCAGAUGUUCAGAAUCAGACUGUUACAGUGAAUUUAGUCCGCCUUGAGCCGUCGCCAACCCAACUUCCAGUGAAGAUUAUCAGCGAUAACACUAAUAACUCUUGCAAAAUGAGUUUCACUUCAUUCUAUAUUAUGUUACUCCUUGUCGCUCAAGUUUUGCCGUGAGAAUCUGAAACUAAAACCAAAUGUAACCGAAGUAUACUAAAUUCCGAAUUUCGUUUUUUUUUACUUCUUUUUACGCUCACGAGCUUUUGUUCUGUAAGGAGUCUCUUCAAUGUUUAAUUUUAUUCUUACAGGCAUUAAGUUGCCUAUA